GCUCGAGCGAGUCUGACAGCCAGUAAACCCAAGACAGAGUUCAAGUCCAACUUAUUUCACCCCAGAACCGCAGAAACACGCAGAAAACAAACGAGUCACAAAAGCCACCAGGUUCGGGAACGGGUUCGACUGGUGUCGGGGACUUUGAGGAAACAGAAGACGACGUUUUAAUGGGAUUUUCUUUCCUCUCAGAUGGGAAUGUAGCUUAGCUGCUUAGCCUGACCACUAGCGGUAGCGGGCUAGCCGUGUGUCGAAGAGUGAAGACGGAAUAAGUGGACUUUCAGGCGUUAUAACGACAUAACAUCUCAACAAACCGCCACAGUUUUCCCAGGGAAGCGUUUGCGAAGACGUCGCCGUCCCAGGAACGGCCAUUCUGGGCUGUUUUGUGGAGAUUGAGUGGGAACUUCUCGGUUUAGCUGGCUGGCUAGCUGGCCGUCACGUCGGUUUGUCAGUCGAACCUGAAAUCCGGACCGGAUAGGGGAGGGAGGGACACCGAACUCUCCCUUGAGGUCCGAAGGGCCCCCUUUGAUAUACGAGCUUUAGGGAAGGUGGUCUUGACGGGAUUCGAACCAGCAACCAUUCGGUUCGGCUGUCAGAACCGGUUCGGGCGGCUGUGGGGACUUUCUCUCCAUCAGACUUUUUUAAGUUCGUCUACUGCGGGCCGGGGACGGAACCGGACAGAGACCUCAUGAAUGGAAAUCGGCACUACAGCAGCCGUUGGGGCCCAGCCCCUGUUCUCAGUGCCUCGGAGGCCCGGCUAUGGCACCAUGGGAAAGCCCAUCAAGCUGUUGGCCAACUGCUUCCAGGUGGAGAUCCCCAAGAUGGACGUCUACCUCUACGAGGUGGACAUCAAGCCUGAGAAGUGUCCACGGCGUGUGAACAGGGAGGUUGUGGACUCCAUGGUGCAGCACUUUAAGGUCACUAUCUUUGGGGAUCGAAGACCAGUUUAUGAUGGGAAGAAAAGUCUCUACACAGCCAAUCCACUGCCUGUGGCUCCUGCAGGGGUGGACCUGGAUGUCACACUGCCAGGCGAGGGGGGCAAAGACCGACCCUUUAAAGUCACUAUUAAGUUUGUGUCCCUGGUUAGCUGGCACUUGUUACACGAGGUACUGACGGGUCGCAGUAUGCCAGAACCCCUUGAGCUGGACAAGCCAAUCAGUACGAACCCUGUUCACGCUGUGGACGUGGUGCUCCGCCACCUGCCAUCCAUGAAGUACACACCUGUGGGACGUUCCUUCUUUUCUGCCCCGGAGGGCUACGACCAUCCUCUGGGAGGUGGCAGAGAGGUGUGGUUUGGUUUCCAUCAGUCUGUUCGGCCAGCCAUGUGGAAGAUGAUGCUCAACAUUGAUGUUUCAGCCACAGCUUUCUACAAAGCACAGCCAGUUAUUCAGUUCAUGUGUGAAGUUCUGGACAUCCACAAUAUCGACGAACAGCCUCGACCCCUUACAGACUCCCAUAGAGUCAAAUUCACCAAAGAAAUCAAAGUUAUGGGUGGUUUAUGUACAGGUCUGAAGGUGGAGGUGACACACUGCGGAACCAUGCGGAGGAAGUAUCGAGUCUGUAAUGUUACCCGCCGACCUGCAAGUCACCAAACGUUCCCCUUGCAGUUGGAGAAUGGACAAACUGUAGAACGAACCGUAGCCCAGUAUUUCAGAGAGAAAUACAACCUGCAGCUCAAAUACCCCCAUCUGCCCUGCCUACAGGUGGGCCAGGAGCAGAAACACACCUACCUGCCCCUGGAGGUUUGCAAUAUUGUAGCGGGGCAGCGUUGUAUCAAGAAACUGACAGAUAAUCAAACAUCCACAAUGAUCAAAGCCACGGCACGCUCGGCCCCGGACAGACAGGAAGAAAUCAGCAGACUGGUGCGCAGUGCUAAUUAUGAAGCAGACCCGUUUGUGCAGGAGUUUCAGUUUAAAGUGCGAGACGAGAUGGCUCACGUGACCGGGCGCGUGUUACCUGCGCCCAUGUUACAGUACGGGGGCAGGGUGAGCACAGAACACUUUAUGAAUCGCACCGUGGCUACACCCAGUCAUGGUGUUUGGGAUAUGAGAGGAAAACAGUUUCAUACCGGUGUGGAGAUCAAGAUGUGGGCCAUCGCCUGCUUCGCUACGCAGAGACAGUGUCGAGAAGAGAUUCUCAAGGGUUUUACUGACCAGCUGCGUAAGAUCUCAAAGGACGCCGGGAUGCCCAUCCAGGGUCAGCCGUGUUUCUGUAAGUAUGCACAGGGAGCAGACAGCGUGGAGCCCAUGUUCAGACACCUGAAGAACACAUACUCUGGACUUCAGCUCAUCAUCGUCAUCCUGCCAGGAAAAACACCCGUCUAUGCUGAAGUGAAGCGUGUUGGAGACACUCUUUUAGGAAUGGCCACCCAGUGUGUUCAGGUGAAGAACGUGGUGAAAACAUCUCCUCAGACGCUCUCCAACCUCUGCCUCAAGAUCAACGUCAAGCUCGGUGGCAUCAACAACAUCCUGGUGCCACAUCAACGGCCGUCAGUAUUCCAGCAGCCCGUCAUCUUUUUAGGGGCAGACGUCACACAUCCUCCUGCCGGAGAUGGGAAGAAGCCCUCCAUUGCAGCGGUGGUGGGAAGUAUGGAUGCCCAUCCGAGCAGAUACUGUGCCACAGUUCGUGUCCAGAGGCCCAGACAGGAAGUAAUUCAGGACUUGGCCUCUAUGGUGCGAGAGUUACUCAUCCAGUUUUACAAGUCCACCCGCUAUAAACCCACAAGAAUCAUCUUCUACAGAGACGGCGUAUCCGAGGGCCAGUUUAGACAGGUGUUGUACUAUGAGCUUCUGGCUAUCCGAGAGGCCUGUAUCAGUUUGGAGAAGGAGUACCAGCCCGGUAUCACAUAUAUAGUGGUGCAGAAACGACAUCAUACGCGCCUCUUCUGUGCCGACCGCAACGAGAGGGUGGGUCGUAGUGGAAACAUUCCCGCUGGUACGACAGUAGAUACAGAUAUCACGCACCCCUACGAGUUUGACUUUUACCUCUGCAGUCAUGCUGGAAUACAGGGCACGAGCCGACCGUCUCAUUAUCACGUCCUGUGGGAUGAUAACUGCUUCACGGCUGAUGAGUUCCAGCUGCUCACUUACCAGUUGUGCCACACGUAUGUGCGCUGUACCCGCUCCGUCUCCAUCCCUGCGCCAGCCUACUAUGCCCAUCUGGUGGCCUUCCGUGCCCGCUACCAUCUGGUGGACAAAGAACACGACAGUGCGGAGGGCAGCCACGUCUCCGGACAGAGUAACGGCCGGGAUCCACAGGCGCUGGCCAAAGCUGUGCAGAUUCACCACGACACCCUGAGGACCAUGUACUUUGCCUAAACCAGCUCAGAUUUACCACCAUAUUCAUGUAGUCAUACACAAAAAACAAACAAACGUCGACCACACACACACACAAGCAGUCACAACGAUUGACUCCCGCCGUUCUGUGCGUCCUGAAAGGUCGGUCUUGGUGGCGAUGGAAGCGCGGCCCACCCAGCCCGGUAAAUGUGGACCUGACACUGUGCAGCAGGAAGACAGGGCCCACGCUUUAAUUCCACAAGUGGACCUCUGCACUAUUAUGCAAUAUAUUAAACCAGCCAAAUGAGGCCGUUCUGUCACUCCCCUCCAAAUCCUCCACGACAACCAAAAGGGAAGCUCUUCUUCGUCCCCCUCCACUUCUGCAGACGUAACGUUUAAUUCCCCUGCCCGUCACGUCUUGUACCUCAAAGUUUUUUAAAGGCACUUUUACCCCCCUUCAUCAUAAGUUCGAAAUGGAAGCAGAUGGAAAGAGCAGUUUUGGGAACGCCUGCUGUCGUAUUAUCAAUGUACUCCUCUCCCGAACUCACUUAUUUUUGUAGCCAGUGGUGACUUAAGUGUUGUGAAGAACCAAUUGUGCGUUGAAAAGAGAAAUGAAAUUCAAGCUUUUAUUGUUAGACAAGUGCCAUUGCUGGGCGAAAUCAUAUGAUUUUUAAGCUAAUUUGAUUUUAAGCUCAAUAAUAUCUACCCCAAAUACAGUCUGUGAGCUUUUAUGUAUGACAGCGCGAAACGAUCAUGUUUUUGAUAUAUGCUUCAGCAACUUUAAACAUUUUUUUUGUUUUAAAUGUCCCUCCAGUAUUUAUUUUUUGUUUGCAGACUUUCUAUUCAUUUAAACACACAGUCCAUGUUAAACGACACAUCAUAGUUUAGUGCAAUAAUCUAUUGGCAGGAUGACGUUAACUUGCGGUUCGUUGGCAGUCUAUAUUAAGAGGAGACGUAAGAAAGUUUUGGCAGAAGCGAGCGAAAAAUGAGGGUCGAAGAUGUGCAUGUUUUUAUUUUUUCGUGAAAGUGGCGGCGUUUCCUGCGUGUUAAUAAGUGCCUGCUUCCCAAAAAGCAUUCGAACGAAAACACCAGAAGUCAAAAAUCACCUCAUUUAGACCAAGUGUUGCAAUUAAAUUCAACUGUACGGCCUAAAUUUCUUAAGAUGCGAGCCGGUGCAGUGAUGCUGGUUCACUUUAUAUUGCAACGUACGUCGCGAUUUUCACUGCCCUGCCUAUUCAAAGGAUUACGCUGCUAUUGUACUUGUUAAAGUAGACCGUUGGGCUUCAUGCUUCAGUUUGCCUGUGCACAAGGGACUGAUCGCCCGCUCUGGGAUCACAUUUAUGGAGGAGCUCUGACGCUUGUUAUUCACUGGAGGGCCACUAGAGGUCAGUAUAGUAUUUUACUUGAAGAGCUUGUAUUGAGUGACGUGAGCGUGGGUGCCUUAAUCUUUCUCUCAGUGCCCAUCUGAAGCAGGUCCGGCUGUGUUACAAUGGUUUUCUGCACUAAAUGAUGCAUUUUGCAUGGUGCUAUCAGGUGCGGCCCACGGGCAGCAUCAGAAAUCGGAGACUUAAUUCAUGAGGUGGGAUCAUGUGUGUGAUGUUUAAAUGGUGCUGGUUGUGUAUUUCUUUCUCAUCGGAGAGGAGUCUCUUAUCUAGACAGAGAAAUGUUGUUGUUGUUGUUAUUUUUGUUUGUUUAUUAGAUUUGUGUAUGAUUUUAGUUGCGUCGAAUGGUACAACACUAUGGCCAGUCAGAGUAAGAUUACGAUAAUACGAUUUAACUGCACAGAGCACUAGAAACCUAUUCAAAAACUAUUCUGAUCCGUUUAAUAAAUUAUGCAAUGAAUUAAAUGAAUCAAAUUUGAAGUACAGUAUAAAUGGGUCCUGUAAGGAUUUGGAAAGAAGGCAGCAGGCUGUCGUGAAGACGUUUAUGUGCUGUUUUGACAAACGUACGGUUUGCAUGAGGAUUAAUGAUUUAGCAACUGAAACUGUUUCCGUUUUUUAUUAGACCUUCCAUAAUAUAACCACUACUGAUGCUUAGAGCAUUUACAGAAACAAGGUUGGAAGUAAAAUCAUCCAUUUGUGGAUGCCAAAUAACAGAUGAGGACGAUGAGGUGUCUCGUGAUGUUAUGUAGAUAUAUAUUCAGACACACACGUGCAUGUAAUAUUUGUCUCCUGGCAAAAAAGGCAGGUUUAAAGGUGUUGCUUAGCCAAAAAUGAAAAUUAGUUUGACCUAUAACUCACCCUAAUGUCAUUACAAACCUGUAUACAUUUUAAACUGAAUAAAGUCUUCUAGGCUAUAUAAUAGCUUUAUGUGAGAAACGGAUUGAAAUGAGAAAAGAAGCCGUAUGAAAAUUUUACAUCAGUUAUAGUGACCAAAAUCAUCACGGUUAUCAAAUAUUAUCAUGGUUUUGUGAACAAUUUCUAGAAAUGUAAAAAAGUACUGAUGCAAACCCAAUUUAAAAUUUAUUUUACAUGUAAGUGCACUUUUGUGCGCAUAAACAUCAAAUAAAUAUCAUUAAGAUGUUAGUGUGAUAAAUGUUCAGAUAAAACACAAGUGAGGAAUUCAGAUUUUCAUAUUAACACCCCCGCAGGCAUAUGACCGACCUUCAACGUUGAAAUUUGGUUGAAAUAAGGUCAGUUGUUUGUUUAGCAAUGGUGAAUAGUAAACGGUUAAUAAAAUGCUUAAAAAUCAACAUUGAAAUUUAUUGAAAAACGUUGAAUAAAUUUGCAAAAUCAAAAGGUAAUUCAACGUUGAUUCAACCUUGUCCUUGACGUUGAUUUAACAGUGAAUCAACGUUGAAAUGCCCGCUGGGACCGGACAAAUCAGCAAAUCUGCGUAUGUUGUGAGAAUCAGGUGUACUUUAUGACCCAGGAGUAAACUGCACGACACCUGCGCUCACAGAAGAAACAAACAGAGCUUAAACUCAUCAAAUCACAUCAUUUCAUGGAAAAU